AACUCCAUUGUGAACCCCUAUAGAGUUUCCAAGAUGCCUGACGCUAGCGUGGCGGAUAUGUUGGACCCUGCCGUGAUUGUGCCCGUGCUGGUCGCCCUGUUGGUUGUGGUGCUCACAGCCGUGAUCCUCAAGUUCGUCUUCGGCGGGAGAAGCAGCAGAAAUGCCGUUCUGUUGGUGGGGCUGUGUGAUAGCGGGAAAACAACACUCUUUGGUCAGCUAACGGAGAGAAAAUCAGUAAAAACUCACACCUCCAUCAAGAAGAACCAAGGGACCUACAACCUACAGGAGGGCAAGAAAGGCAGUCUACAGCUUGUAGACCUCCCAGGGCACGAGCGACUGCGUCUCCUGAACGUGGAUGAGCACAAGACGGCCGCUAAGGCCAUCGUCUACCUGCUGGAUUCUUCCACGUUUCAACGCGACCUCCGAGACAUCGCUGAGUUCCUGUACAUCCUGCUGGUGGAUGCGGCGCUGGCGAAAGCUCCGUUCCUGAUCGUGUGUAACAAGCAGGACAUGACCCUGGCGAAGUCGGAGAAGGUUGUGAAGGGAAUGCUUGAGAAGGAGAUCAACAUGCUGCGAGUGACUCGCCAAGCCGCUCUUGAAGGUACAGAUGGCAGUAGUGGUAACAACAACACCUUCCUAGGGAGGAAAGACAAAGACUUUGAGUUCACACAGCUGCAGCAGCAGGUGGCGUUUGUGGAAUGCAGCUGUCUGGAGGGGAAGCUGAACAUCACAGGGGUGGAGGACUGGAUCAACAACAUUGGAUAGACAGUGGAACAGUCACACUAGUGCUAGCAAUACUUUAUAGUUCUGCUAUAGGUCAUGGAUUGGAAAGUGUCCUACAUGUACUAGCAUUGCAAAGCAACUGUUGAAUUGAAAGUCACUAUAUUGCUUUAUGUAGUAAUUCGUUUUUUGACAUUACAGAAGUACAGUGAAUGAGUCAUGAAUCAAGGACUUCAGAAAAGUUACUCAUGUCUGGAAUUUUUUAUGAAUCAUUCAAUAUUGUCUUCAAUCGAUGUUGACAGUUUAACUUAAUUUGUAGACAUCAAAGAUGCUCCCAUAUUUGUUUGGACAAAAGAUAUUUAACACAGACAUCUAUAAAUUUUUUUUCGUGUCUAGUUGCAGGUAUUAGGACAAAAGUGUGUCAUAUUUUGAAUAUGACAGUCUGUGAUGUAUUUCUGUAUGUUGGCAGUUUUGUGCCAAAUAAACAGAUACAGCUUAUA